AGAAAAGGAAAAGUAUACGCUCUCUGGACCUGCCAGUCCUCUUGCAUUGCAGCUCUGCUCCAAAAUAAAAGUGUUUACAUAUUUUUUUUCACCUCGUGUGUUUGUCAACAACAGGAUACAGAUCUAGCUCUGCUUUUGCGCUAGCGAUUGCUUUUGUAUGUCAUCCAAACCUUGGUUUAAUCUGGAUUCUAAAACGACUGGAAAAAUAGAAUCAGAUCAAUAUUUGAGCUUGAUUAUCAUUCCACAGUGCAGAGAGUAAGGGAUCUUCUGACACUCAGACCAUAAAUAAUACAAGCUUUCUGGGAAGAAAACAUCAAAUAUUGGAAGGAUUCUAGAAAUUUGGCCACCCAUUGAGCCAGCCAACCUGCACCAUCUGCAUCAAGCGAGGGCAGUAGAUAUAGGAGGUAGAUUGCACAGAAGAGGGGGAGAGACGGACAGGCGGAGGGGGACGCGAUUCGUGGAGUGACAGAGCGGCAAACUAGCGGAAGAUGGGUAAACAGAAUAGUAAAUUGAGGCCAGAGAUGCUGACAGAUUUAAGGGAAAACACAGAAUUCAACGAACACGAGCUACAAGAAUGGUAUAAAGGAUUUCUAAAAGAUUGUCCCAGUGGAACCCUAAGCGUUGAGGAAUUCAAGAAGAUUUACGGCAACUUUUUCCCCUACGGCGAUGCCUCGAAGUUCGCCGAGCACGUAUUCCGCACAUUCGACUCAAACAACGACGGAACGAUCGACUUCCGCGAGUUCAUAUGUGCCCUGAGUGUGACGUCACGAGGGAAGCUGGAAGAGAAACUCAAAUGGGCCUUCAGUAUGUAUGACUUAGACGGCAACGGAUAUAUAUCAAGACAGGAAAUGCUAGAAAUUGUUAGGGCAAUUUACAAGAUGGUCGGCACAGUGAUGAAGAUGCCAGAGGACGAGUCGACGCCGGAGAAGAGAACGGACAAGAUCUUCCGACAGAUGGACGAAAACCUAGACGGCAAACUCUCCCUGGGUGAAUUCAUCAAGGGCGCGAAACAGGACCCCUCAAUAGUACGGCUGCUCCAAUGUGACCCAAGCGGGAGCGCGGUCACAAAGUGAGGCCGUGCCCCUAUCCCCCCUUCUGUAAAUAAACAAAGUAUGGUAGCUGAGAGGAGAAGAUAUUAAAAUUUAAAAAAAUGAGGUACGAAUUCUGCGAGAAAGAAUUGGGAAUGGAAUGUUUGGUUUGACUGUGAAGGGAGCCCUCUGUUGACUAACUCAUGAUUUAAGAUAUGGUGUAUUAGCCAGUUGGAGGGUUAACAUGUAGGGAACAGGAUGGUUUGAACUAACAGAUUGGUGGUUAUGUGGGGAAGAUAGAGUUGAGAGAGGAAGGCCAUUUUCUUUCAUACGAUUCCUUCUCAUCAAGUUGUGAAAGCCUUUUUAUCGUAAUAUUCCAUCAAGUAAUAUCAUCUGAGAAUGUCUGCUCUACUCGUAAGAAAUCAAGUGAUCAGGGGUACGUUUCACAGGGGAACUUUGCCAGUCUGAUAACUUCCAUAACAACCCUGAUUUUUGAUUGGCUGAUGCAUCCUGUUGCCAUGGUAAUUACCAUAAUGGCAAGGUUACUGUUAUGAUACCCCUCUAUAUUGAACAGGUCACAGAAUUUUCACAAAAUAUUGCCUGGUAAUUCUCAACCCAAUGUGGUCUUUACCAACUGCAAAAUCUAAUUGAAAAACACAUGUUACUACUAAAGUUAAUUAGUGGUUCGAAAGCAAGUAAUGUACACCCUUUGAUAUGUAUACACUGUAUCAUUGUAUUGAGAUCCCUCCUAUCCUAAUUACAAAUUAAGAUCAAGUAUAAAAUAUAUGCCUAAACAGUAGAUAUUCUGUCAUCAUAUGUAUUUAUCAAUAUGGUAGAAUGGUGUCUUCAAAUUACAAACUAUAAAACAAUUAUCAAAUCAUGUCUAUUAGAGAGGUUUCAACUAAAAUAAGUAGCGAUAUGUCACUUUUUGUAUCAUAAACUCAGAAUUUCCAAUUGGAAGUUUUUUUAAGUACCUACUUGUAUUUAGAGAUCUUUGUGGGGUUUUAUUUUUCCAAAUGUAUGUUUUUAAUCCUUGCAGUCUAGGUUUUGAAAAUUUCUAAAUAGUGGCUGAUUAUUCAAACUUUUUAUUGAUAUUAUGACUAAUGAGAACCAGUGAAUGGUUUGUUGUGUUUGUCUUUUUUACCUGGAGUUUUGCCACAUACUGUAAUAGAUAAGGCAGCACAGAUGUAAAUAUAGCUUGUAUAAAAAAAAAGGUGUCAGCUUACAUUCUAUAAUGAAUACUUUUUCUAAAUGUGCAUUACCAUCUCUAAUAAUAGAAUGUUGUAAAGUGAAACUUUAUGGGGUUUGUUUUUUUCUUCAUUGUUUAACAUUUUGAGAGAUAUUCCAAGCAAUCAGCUUGUGUCAGUCAAUUAUCACUUUCAUUGUCAUCGUCAUAGAAAUAGUUAUCAUCCCCACUAUCAUUACCAUCAUCAUCAUCAUCGUCAUCAUCAUCGUUGUCAUCGUCGUGGUGAGGUUGUCAUGGUCUAGUGGUUCAGACCCUUGUCUUUCAAUCAGAGGGGUCGUAAGUUGGAAUCAUCGCAAUGACAAGUUUUCCUUCUGCAAGAAUUUUACCCACAUUGUGCUGCACCCAACCCGGGUGAGAUCACUGGAUUCUCUGUUAGGAAUAGCAACUUGAGCUGAAGCCACUGUAAUAAUGAUAGCAGACCUUGGAAUAGGUUAUAUCUUGAUAAAGCCUAUCAUCAUCAUCAUCCUCUUCAUCUUCACUAUCUUCAUCAUCAUCGUCAUCACUACCAUCAUUGUCAUUACAUUUCAUCAUCUUCAUGUAGAUAAUUUUAUUUUCCAUCUAAUAAAACACAUUUUUGUUUUUUUAAUGCAUGGACCUGACAAGAAAAUAGCCAGCCUUAUAUGAGACUAGCCUCUAGUACAUGCUGUUAAACACCUGCAUCUACUUUCUUCCUGAAAAGUGACUUACUCUGGUUUUUAAUUUUUUUUUCAUCUCUGUCCUUUUGAGUUUUUUUUAAUUCAUCAUGGUAAUGCAACAUAACUUUUGAAGCUCAAGUGAUAUAAAAAAGCAGUGUUUUAGAAAGCGACCAAAUUCAUAGAUAACCCAUCUCCAUUUUCUGUAGGUAUUCACAAGUCGACCAAAUCAAUUUUUAUUGCAAACUUCCAUGGCAUGUUUGACCUGGUCUUGUUAAUAUGUUUGUAUGUUCAAGUGAACGCAGUGAUGGAUCGAAAAACCCUUUGACGGCAAAGGGUGUGCCUUUCGAGUAGAUCUACACAAGGAAUUUAUUUUUCAAAUGGCUACUUUAAACAGUUAUCCACACAUUUCACAAAUCAUUCCAUGUUCAGCUUUUGUCAAAGCUUUAUUUCUCACCCACCAACAAGAGCCAGAUGAAUAUUCAAAGAUUAGUAUGUCAUUUUGAAAGUUGCGUGGGAGACUAUGCCCCAUAGGUUUAUUUUCAAGUCUGCUAAUGACGAUUCGUCCAAUUACCAACUCAUCUACUAUCAUUUGGUCUACCAUCUGUUGGUCCAACAUCCACAUGGUCCAAUUGCCAAUUCUUCCACUCACCAUUUCGUCUAAUAACCAGUUGGUCCAAUAGCCAUGUAGUCUGUAUACCAUUUGGUCUUAUUGGACUAGGCUUUAAUAGUGCAAAUUGAAUGAAAAAAUGAUUAUUAGACCAACUGGUUAUGAGAAAAAAUGGUGAUUAGACGAAGUGAUGAUGGGACCAAAUGGUAAUAGACAAAAUGUUGAUGGACGGAAUGGCAUUAGACUAAAUGAAAGUAGACCAUGUGGUGAGUGGACGAGUUGGAAGUAGACGAGUUGGCAAUUUACCGUCCCAUUAUGCACAAAGGAGGUAUAAUAACCCCCUCCCACCCACCCCAGUAAGGUUUUCAAAGCCAGUUGGUAAACUUUGCCCAAGAUUCAGAAACAUCACCAAGCCUGCCGGUAAUUCAAUCUUAAUUACAAUACUGGUGGGUGUUUCAUAAAGCUGUUUGUAAGUUAAGAGCGACUUUAAGAGCAACUGUUGAUCCUUUCUUAUAGUAAGUGGUAUAUUCAUUGGCGAUGGCUUAGCGCGAAAGAAAGGAUCACCAGUCGUUCUUAAAGUCACUCUUAACUUACGAAUAGCUUUAUGAAACGGCACACAGGUGGUCAGACAGCAAAGCAAUGGCCCAAGAUUUCUAUGAAAGCCAAGUGGCAUGUUAUUCAUCAAAGUAUGUAGGAUUUUGUGAUAAUUGUACCGCUGCAAUGUUUUUCAGCAGGAAUGGUCUUCUUGUCUUGCCUGCUGCUGCGCUGGGCACAGUGAGAACAGUCUGACAAAACCUUAAUUUUUUGUUGCCUUUAUGGAUCAUCAGUUCUAUCUAUUUCAUACAAAAUUCUGGUAUUGUUGAUUAUACACUCGGACGUAAAUAAAUUGUGUACCUUUCAGUAAACUGCUGGUAAAAUUAUCCCCAUAUAUUAGGUCAUUUACAAGGUUCGUUUAUACUAGGUCAUUUCCAUCCUUCAAAAAUAAAUAGUCUCAGUGGCAGUGUUCAAGUUGAAUGGCUACUGUCCCUAAUAUACUCUUUGAUAAUCCAAACUGUGCAUUUGAGAAGAUAACCGUACACAAAUGUAACUUACAAUAUAUGAUCCGCCAUUGACACAUUCCAAGCAUUCAAGGUUGAUGCCAUUAAUGGUCGUUUAAACAUAAUAUGUUUCCUUUUUCAUGUAAACUUUUAUGAUGCGAAACAAAGUAGUAAUAACUGCACUCGGAACAAUAGCAAAGAAGAUAGAAAUGCUUGCAUGUCAAGACGUCUAUAUUAACAAACUAGGCCCUAUUGACAACCAACAAAAAUUCACUUGUGCACAACUGUGGUUUGAACUUAAAGGCCCAUAUUAUCAAAAGAGGUUUCAGUUGUACCAUGGUACAAAGCAAUCGACUCGGCAGUUUCGUGUACAAAAUUAUGCUUAUUCUAUCUCGCACACGAAGAAAAAUCCAAAAUUAAAUGUGCGCUUUUUGCAAAGGGUGCUAGAUUGAGUAAAUUCUUGAUGGAAUGAAUAUGAUAAAUCUGCAUAAACCAGGGUUAUUGUGCCAUGGUCCAGUUGAACCCUCUUUUUAGAAUAUGGGUCAAAGUGAGUAUUUGUUGGGUGUAAUAAAAAGUGUUAAUUUUACUCAUCCAUGCAUUGUAUACAUGUAUAGCAAUUAAUGCUGUCAAUUUCCUUCUUUGCAUCAAAUCAAGAGCCCCCCUCCCAUUUUUUAACAUCUUUAGAUAGAUUUUUAAUAUCAACGGGCCAAGUGCAUCGCUCAGGCUAGAUAUUACUAUGUUAUGAUUUUGUGUCUUGUUGGAAUUUCUAUUUUAUAUCUUUGUGUGAAAUCUAGAGAAAUGUGCAAUUUUGUCGGUAUUUCUCCCCCAAAAUAUACUGGGAGACGUACUGGAAUAUUUGGGGCCUUUUUGCAUAAAGCAUAACAACUGGUCAUGUGACUGAUUUUUACGAGUGAUUGCAUUGAUUAUUGUGUAUAUAAUCAAUCGUAAAUAUCACACCCGCAAUCAAUUGCUAAGUUUUGUGUAAUGAGGUCCCUGCUGUUUGUUCUCGAGGGAUGUAUUGUCUAGUCUCCACUUCAGGCAUUUAUGCUGCAUUUUUCUUCUCUCGCAUUUUUUAAAUUCAUUUUUUUUUUAAAUAACAUUAUCUAUGAAAAAUAUGAGUGCCCCAAAAUGGUUAAAGAUACAUUAGAUUGAGGUCUUGAACUGCAGUGAUAUGAAGAAAAAAGCAUUUUGUUUGAAAAAUUGCAAUAGACCAAUCUUCUUGUUGGAAAAGGUAGACUAUUAAAGCUACAUUCUUGCUUUUGUAGGGUAAGAUUGACCAAUAUUGCCAUUCCCUUUCAAUGAUAUACUUUUUGUAUUAUUCGUUUGACCCUUCAAAUAUAUAAGAGAAGUUUUUAUCUUACAAUUGCACAAACAUGAACAGAGCAAGAUGAAAAUUUGUACAAUGUAAAUAUCUUGUGUGUAUAUUUUUUUCAAUAGCUAUCUUAUUAAUUGUCAAAUUAUAUAGAAACAUUUAAGCAAUUCGAGCUGUCAUUAGAAGAAAGCAUUGACUUUUGCUAAAUAAAUUACGGAGAAUAUUACAAUUGUCACUUGACAUUGGUUUGGCAAGAGAAAAAGGUAUGGAGCAUGCAUAGGAUUUUUUUUAAUACAUGUUGGGUUUUUUUUGUGAUGAAUAUUUUUUAAAUGGAUUCUGUUUGAUCUUUCUCAAGUAAGUUUAUAUCCGUCUUGGGGAUAUCUUUCUACAGCUUUAACGUUGUUCAGUGUUUUCUUAAGUGCCAAGUUUGGCUUGUAAUUUCCAAUUUUUUCUUGACCUGUCAGUUAUUAAAAAAAAAUCCAGAAUUCUUUUCAUACUUUUAAAUGGGGCUGAAGGGAGAUUGAUUUACAUUAUGGUAGAUACAUGUAUUUAACCUUAUGAUUUUAAAUGCUAUUUUAUAUUGUAUUCAACAUAGUAACUCAUGCAUUAAUGUGGUUUCCUUUGCCAUUUAAAUGCUGAUGUUAACAUACUCCAAUUAUUAAAAUAUGAUUAUAUUGAUUGGCAUCACUUGCUGAUUAAAGCCAUGAGAUCUUUUUUAAUUUACAAUUAAAUGUUUACCUUCAAGUACACUUUCUUGUGAAAAGGGAGCACAGGGCCCUGUCUUACAAAGAGUUACAAUUGAUCCUAUCAAUCGCAACUGUAUGGAAAUCCAUCUAUGCUGUCACUUUUUCUACAGGAAAUUUGCUCAAUUUCCUUGGUAAAGAAAAAAGAAUCGCACUGAAUCUUAAAGAGAAUGAUGAAUGUAUGAAUAUACAUGUACAUCAUAUCUAGAAUAUAGUUUUCGCAAACAUGCAUUUUAGAUGUUGACGUUGCUGGGCCCCGUCUUACAAAGAGUUACGAUUGAUCCAAUCUAUAAUAACUCUAUGGAAAAACAUCAGUGUCAUAAAUUUCUCUACAAGAAAUUUGCAAAAUGUCCUUUGUAUACAAAGGAGAUCACACCAAAUUGUCAAGAUAUUAAUGAGUUUAUGGAUAUACAUUCAUAUCAAGAUUUAAAAAAAAAUAAACAUGCAUUUUAUAUGUUGACUUUGCUGGCUUUCCAUAGUUGCGAUUGAUUGGAUGAAUUAUGGCUUUCCAUAGUUGAGAUUCAUCAGAUAACUAUUAGAUGUUCUCGCUUUUGUUUUGUAUUGUUGCUUAAUACUGAAUGAGAACUGUACAUUAACUGGGGAAAAAAUCAUGAAAGUAUUGCUGAGGCGUAUUUUGUAAGGAUGAGUUUAAACUUGAACGAAUGAUUAAAGUUGUCUGCUGGCCUGGCAUCUUUUUUUUUCUUGGAAUGACCCAAUGGGAGAUUUCAUGUUUUGUGUUGGGCUUAAAAGUGUUUAUGAUGAGUUGAUUGUUACACCAACACUGCAACAAAAUUUGAAUGAACUUGAAUCCAGUGCUGGGCCUCACUGGGUGUUGAGAUACGUGUUUUGAAUCGUUAUGGUGUCAAAUAAAGUUCAAUCCAGUGUUGGAAUUUGGGAAUGCAGUCUACAUUGAGCUUUUGACACCAACACUAACACCAAACUUGAAAUCACCCAUUGAUUGAAAGAAUGUUGGUAGUUGUAUUAAACCUCUGCUCAUUAAUCUACAGUGAAAUUAAAGCACAAAAAAUGUAAUAUGUUAUAUCUGUAGUUACUGGUGAAUGGGAUGUACCACUGCUUGGUCUUAUCAUGCAUUGUAUACUAUCAAUGGUACCAGUUGGUGUAAUUGCUAAUUACCAGUUGGUCUAAUUUUUAAAAUACCAGUUGGACUAAUUGCUAUUUACCAAUUGGUCUAAUUGCUAAUCACCAGUUGGUCUAAUUUCUAAAUACCAGUUGGUUUAAUCGCUAUUUACCAGUUGGUCUAAUUUCUAAAUACCAGUUGGUCUAAUUGAUAUUACCAGUUGGACUAAUUGCUAUUCACCAGUUGGUCUAAUUGCUAGUUACCAGUUAGACUUAUUGCUAAUCACCAGUUGGUCUAAAUGCUGAUAACCAGUUGGUCUAAUUGCUUAUUACCAGUUGUUCUAACUUCUAUUUACAUCUACCAGUUGGUCUAAUUGCUUUUUACCAGUGGUCUAGUUUCAAUUUAUUACUUGGUCUUAUUAGCACUUACCACUUGGGUCUAUAUACAUGUAUUCGCCAUUUACCAAUUGGUCUAGUUGCCAAUUACCACUUGGUCUAAUUGUUAUUAACCAAUUGGUGUAGUUGCCAAUUACCACUUGGUCUACUUGUUAUUUACCAAUUGGUCUAGUUGCCAAUUACCACUUGGUCUAAUUGUUAUUUACCAGUUGGUGUAGUUGCCAAUUACCACUUGGUCUACUUGUUAUUUACCAAUUGGUGUAGUUGCCAAUUACCACUUGGUCUAAUUGUUAUUUACCAAUUGGUCUAGUUGCCAAUUACCACUUGGUCUACUUGUUAUUUACCAAUUGGUGUAGUUGCCAAUUACCACUUGGUCUACUUGUUAUUUACCAAUUGGUGUAGUUGCCAAUUACCACUUGGUCUAAUUGUUAUUUACCAAUUGGUCUAGUUGCCAUUAACCACUUGGUUUAGUUGCCAUUUACCAUUUAGUCUUAUUGCCAAGGUCUGUCAUGAAAAGGGGAUAAUAGUGUUAUAUAGAUUAUAUUGAGAACCAAUGAGUCAAGUAAAGUAGUCAUAGCAGACCUUUCUUAUAAAAGAUUAGAAAAAUGCAUUUAAUCUUAGCUUGUAUCUAAAGCAAUUGGGAGUAGUGUAAUCUUGUACUUGCAAUUUGAAAAAAAAAAAAAAAACGGAAACCAACUUUCAAUUUUGAUGAGAAAUUUACCAGCUACAAUUACAUCAGUUGUACGUAUAGCUUAGUAUUUUAAUGAUAACUGUUAAAAUCAUUUUUUUUUGUGUGUGUAUCAUUGAAUCAAAAUGAUAUAGGAUCACAAUAUUUACAAGUAAUUGGUAGAAGAUCAGCAGUACUUAAAUAGGAGAAUGACUGGUGUCCCUAGCCAGCCUGUUUGAGGAAAAAAACUGUGCAACAUAGUUUAUCAAUUUUGUGCAAGGUGGGGCACAUUCUAGCGAGACUUGGCACCCCAAUCAACAUUUAAGAAUAGGUAUAUGUAUUUGGGAAGGGUCCAGGAGGUCGAGUGUUACAUACAUUUGUCCUCAUCUUCCGCUUGGCCAGAUCUGCAAUGAGAGCCAAGAUAAUUCACUCUAGAAAACACCAAAGUCAUUUUAACCCUAUAUAAGUCAACAAUGCACAUUUAGGGCAUGUUUUAAAACCGAAAGCAAGGUUUAUAAGAUACGGCUAAGCAGAAAAUAAUUUUGAUGUGGGCAAACGUAAUCAUCGGCCUAAAAAAAAACACCUGUUUUUACAAACUUAUUUAGAAUGGUGUUGAUGCAUAGUUCUCUGCAAACCUAAAUCAUGGUAUAAGUGGUAUUUAGUUGUACUUUCAAGUUAUAUGACCUUCCUGGUCAUAUGAUUUGGUAUUUUUCUCAUCAAAUUUAGGUUUCCUUUUUUUUUCAUUUAAAUUCAAGUCCAAAAUUUUAUUGGCUCUUCUAGUGUUUAUGCCUGGUGUAUCAUACAUUAAUGCUAAAAGUAAUGCUCUUCUAGUACAUGUAUCUGCUUAUAUAAAGAUUGUCUUUUCACUAAUUAAAUAUAAAUAUAUAUAUAUAUUUCUACCUUUGAGCUUUAUGCAUUGCGGGCAACGGCCUUGUGCGGGUACAUGCUCUGAGGUCUGGUGCAUCAUGUUUACAUGUAGAAGGUCGUUAAUAGCAACAGUGAAUUUUGCUGGGUGUGCUCAUAUUUUGGGGGAAGGGGGCGGGUGUUGAUAUGGUUUUCUUCUCUUUCUUUUGUAUAUUGUAUAUUGCCUGUCUUGUAUAAAAUUUGAAGAAUAUUAAGAUUAAUUGUGUUCUCAUCUGUAAUCUACUUCUCUCUUUUCUUUGUGAGUGGUUCAUCUUUCCCUCUUUCAUGUCAUGAGAACUAUUUAUGUUAAUUGAAUAUGAAUACAAAUUAAAAAAAUAUGAAUAUUCAUAAUGGA